AUGCUGAAAAGUGAGCAUUCUCAUACAAAUCACACGAAAGAUGACACAUUUGAGCAGCUGUUGAAGCCGGUUUAUAAAGGUAAGAAACUUACCGAUGAGAUCAAUACUGCUGAGGAUAAGUGGAAUCUAUUGCCUGCAUUUUUAAAGGUUAAAGGGUUGGUUAAACAACAUUUAGAUUCUUUUAAUUAUUUUGUAGAUGUGGACUUAAAGAAGAUCAUCAAGGCUAAUGAGAUGGUUUUGAGUGAUGUCGAUCCAGAAUUUUAUUUAAAGUACGUUGAUAUCCGUGUUGGACAAAGGAGCAAUUCAAGUAGGAUAGAUAUGUUGCCCCCUCAUGAGUGUCGUCUGAGAGACAUGACUUAUAGUGCUCCUAUAUAUGUGGAUAUUGAAUACACACGAGGAAGAUUAAUUGUAUUACAUAAGGAUGUUGAGAUUGGGAAGAUGCCGAUUAUGUUGCGAUCUAACAAGUGUAUUCUGAAUGGUGCCUCGGAAGAGACUAUGGCAAAGCUCAAUGAGUGUCCUUUAGAUCCUGGUGGAUAUUUUAUUGUCAAUGGUACAGAGAAGGUUAUUUUAGUUCAGGAGCAAUUGUCCAAGAAUCGUAUUAUUGUCGAAGCAGAUGAGAAGAAGUCGAUUGUACAAGCGUCGGUUACGUCGUCGACCCACGAGCGAAAGUCCAAAACCUAUGUUGUUACCAAGAAUGAGAAAAUAUAUCUUAAGCACAAUUCCAUUUCAGAGGAGGUUCCAAUCGUGAUUGUUUUAAAGGCAUGUGGCGUGGUGUCUGAUUUGGAAAUUAUGCAACUAGUUUGUGGUAAUAAUAGCAGUUAUCAAGAUAUAUUUGCAAUUAACUUUGAAGAAGCUUCUAAAAUGAACAUAUACACACAGCAACAAGCCUUGGAAUAUAUUGGUACCAAGGUUAAAACUAUUAGACGACAAAAGUUGACAAUUUUACAAGAAGGAAUCGAGGCCAUUGCGACUACUGUUAUUGCCCAUUUAACUGUAGAGGCGUUAGAUUUUAGGGAAAAAGCACUGUAUAUUGCUAUAAUGACACGUAGGGUUGUGAUGGCUAUCCAGAAUUGUAAAAUGGUGGAUGAUAGAGAUUACGUUGGUAAUAAGCGAUUGGAAUUGGCUGGACAAUUAAUGUCCUUGUUGUUCGAGGAUUUGUUUAAAAAGUUCAAUAAUGAUUUCAAGGCUAGUAUCGAUAAGGUUUUAAAAAAACCAAACAGGGCAGAAAUGUAUGAUGCCUUGUUGUCGAUUAAUGUUCAUUCAAAUAACAUUACUUCUGGUCUAAAUAGGGCUAUAUCAACCGGAAAUUGGUCAUUGAAGAGAUUUAAAAUGGAACGGGCAGGUGUUACUCACGUUUUGAGUAGGCUGUCUUACAUUUCUGCUUUGGGUAUGAUGACUAGAAUUUCUUCGCAAUUUGAAAAAUCUAGGAAAGUUUCAGGUCCCAGAGCUUUACAGCCAUCACAAUUUGGUAUGUUAUGUACCUCCGAUACUCCAGAAGGUGAAGCAUGUGGUUUGGUUAAAAACCUGGCAUUGAUGACACAUAUUACUACUGAUGAUGAGGAAGAACCAAUUAAAAGGCUAUGUUAUCUUUUAGGUGUUGAAGACAUUGGCUUGAUCGAUAGUGCUUCUUUACAUGACAAUUAUGGUGUUUAUCUAAAUGGUACCAUUAUAGGUACUGCAAGAUAUCCAACUAAAUUUGUUCACCAAUUUAGAAUCCUAAGAAGGACAGGGAAAAUAUCCGAAUUCAUAUCAAUAUACACUAAUAUCCAUCAAAAUGCUGUUCAUAUUGUAACUGAUGGGGGGAGAAUCUGUAGACCAUUGAUAAUUGUUAAAAAUGGAAAGUCUAUGGUUGCUUCUAGUCAUUUGAAAAGAUUAUUGGAUGGGAAACUACAAUUUGAUGACUUUUUGAAGCUUGGACUGGUAGAAUAUUUGGAUGUCAAUGAAGAAAACGAUUCCUUCAUUGCCUUGUAUGAAAAAGAUAUUCAUGAAGGUAUCACUCACUUGGAAAUUGAACCUUUUACCGUUCUUGGUGCUGUUGCUGGGUUAAUUCCAUAUCCUCAUCAUAACCAAUCUCCUCGUAACACAUAUCAAUGCGCAAUGGGUAAGCAAGCUAUUGGUGCAAUUGCAUAUAAUCAAUUCAAAAGGAUUGAUACUUUACUAUAUUUGAUGAUCUACCCUCAGCAGCCUAUGGUUAAGACAAAGACAAUCGAACUAAUAGAUUAUGACAAAUUACCAGCUGGUCAAAAUGCCACUGUUGCAGUCAUGUCAUAUUCUGGUUACGAUAUUGAAGAUGCUUUAGUGUUGAACAAAUCUUCCAUCGAUAGAGGAUUUGGUCGUUGUGAGACACGUAAGAAAACAACCACUAUCUUAAAAAGGUAUCCGAACCAUACUCAGGAUAUCAUUGGUGGUAUGCGUGUUGAUGAAAAUGGUGAGCCUAUAUGGCAACAUAAAUCUCUAGGUCCAGACGGUCUAGGAGAAGUUGGUAUGAAAGUGGAAAGUGGUCAGAUCUACAUUAACAAAUCUGUUCCAACCAAUGCAUCUGAUAGUGUUCUGACUCAAUCGCAAUCUCAGUAUAGAGAAGCACCUAUCAUAUACAGGGCCCCAGAACCUUCACACAUUGAUCAAGUUAUGAUGUCAGUGUCUGAUAACGAUCAAGCUUUGAUUAAAGUAUUAUUAAGACAAAAUAGACGUCCAGAAUUAGGUGAUAAGUUUUCUUCUAGGCAUGGACAGAAAGGUGUAUGUGGUAUUAUCGUACAGCAGGAAGAUAUGCCAUUCAAUGAUCAGGGUAUCUGUCCCGACAUUAUCAUGAAUCCACAUGGUUUCCCAUCUCGUAUGACUGUCGGUAAGAUGAUAGAGCUUGUUUCUGGAAAGGCAGGUGUUUUGAAUGGUACUUUAGAAUACGGCACAUGCUUUGGUGGUUCUAAAUUAGCAGAUAUGUCUGAAAUUUUAAUCAACAAUGGGUUUAAUUAUUCUGGUAAAGAUAUGUUGUACUCGGGUAUCACAGGUGAGUGUUUGCAAGCUUAUGUUUUCUUUGGACCAAUAUACUACCAAAAAUUGAAGCACAUGGUUUUAGACAAGAUGCAUGCAAGAGCCAGAGGCCCCAGGGCUGUCCUAACACGUCAACCAACUGAGGGUAGAUCUAGAGAUGGUGGUUUGAGAUUGGGUGAAAUGGAAAGGGACUGUGUUAUUGCUUACGGAGCUUCUCAACUGUUAUUGGAAAGAUUAAUGUUAAGUUCAGAUGCAUUUGAGGUCGAUGUUUGUGAUAAAUGUGGCCUGAUGGGAUAUAGUGGGUGGUGCACAUCGUGUAAAUCCGCAGAGCACGUUAUUAAAAUAACUAUUCCGUAUGCUGCCAAGCUUUUAUUCCAAGAAUUAUUGUCUAUGAACAUUGCUCCAAGGUUGAUGUUGGGAGAUGUGUUCCAAUCUUAA